AUGUCAGAAAAAGAUCCAAGGCGAAAAGAUAUAGAGUUUGUAGUGGAUGAUUAUGUAUUCCCGAAAGUCACCUCAAUGAAAGGAGUCAUGAGGUUUGGGAAGAAAGGCAAGCUAGCACCUAGAUACAUAGGACCUUUUGAGGUCAUUGAUAGAGUUGGAGUAGUUGCCCACCGAUUAGAGUUGCCACCAAGCCUUUCUUAUGACUACCUAGUAUUCCACAUCUCCAUGCUAAGGAAGUAUGUUCCUGACCCUUCACACGUGCUGCAACCAGAUGUAGUAGAGUUGAAUGAGAACCUGACAUUUGAAGAGCAGCCUAUAGCCAUAGUGGACUAUCAGAUGAGGCAACUAAGGUCAAAGUAG